CGCAUCUCUCCGUCAGUACGCUAAUGUUAGCAGAGGAGCUCCGACCCGCAGGUUCAUUUACAGUCAAACCCCAAAGACUUCUGCUUCAAACCGCCCGAACAAGAUAACGACACCGGGACUGUGAGGUGGAGUGUACACUGCAGCAGUGAAGGAGCAGGAGGAAACAUGUCCACGGAUCAGGAGCCGACAUACACCGUGAAGCUGCUGCAGCUGCUGCUGCUCUCCACGUACUGGGGGAUGCAGAUCUGGGUCACCUUUAUUUCAAGCUUUGUGAUGGAUAAUCACCUGAACAGACACACGUACGGGUUCAUCCAGAGCCGCCUCGUCCCGUUCUACCUCCACCUGGGCUCGGCCUGUGCCUUCUUUAACCUCACCAUCUAUGCCGUCUACCAUCCCAGCGACCUGCUCGACGACAGAGAGGCUUUCCAGAUCUUCAUCUUCUUCGUGUCAGUGACGGUGGCGGCGGUGAACGCUCAGUGGUUCGGCCAGAUGGCGUCAGAGAUCAUGGCAGACAUGCACCUGAUCGAGCAGGCGUGCGGUUUGGGCCAGGACAUCGGGCUGUCGUCGAAUAGAGAAGCUUACGCCAAGCUGUGCGAGACAGAUGUGAAAUACAGACACCUGAGCGGGCGUCUAUGGCUCUACAGACUCCUGUCGUCGCUCUGCAACCUCUGCUGCAUCGGCUGUAACUUCUACAGCCUCUGCUACAUGGCUGAGAACCUGAACACGCUCUGAGACUGACGCAGCAGCUGGACUGUCACCACAAAUCACUCCCUAAUAAACCUCCACACUCGUUUUUGUAUCAAAGUGGUAAGUUAUAUAUUUAAACCCGUCUGUGUCUCAUCA